CUUUAACAAUCCGUAUCUCUGAGGUGAAAAUUGUUACUUGUUGGGUACAUACUUUAAGUGAACACAGUCAAGAAUGUCAGAAUCAGAUGAUUAGCAUUCUUUCCAUGCUUUAUAUGGUGCCCUUUUUGCCAGUUCUCUGUUAUGUUUUAUGCACAUUUCAAAUGAAGGUGUUUUUUCAGCAGUGUGAGAAUGUGUGUGGGUGUUUCAUGUUCUUAUAUCCCAGUGGGGAUUUUAACCUGAAUGCACACUAACCCAUGGGGACUUGUGUCACUUUGGGGACAAAAAUUGAGGUCCCCACAGUGAGAGACUGCUUUUUGAGGGUUAAAUCUCUUGGCUGGUGUAUGGCCCUCUCUGAUAGGCCCUAUGUGUGUCACAUUAGGGUGUUACCUUGUCGACUCAGGGCCCCGUCAGCUCAGUUCCUCCCAUCAUCUCAGACAGAUAGAUAGCAGGAAAAGAAAGUAUCAGCAUUGUCCCUCAGCUACCACUCAAGAUACUCCCGCGCACACACACACACACACACACACACAGGUGAUCGGACAAAAUGAUCCCUUUGCCACUGGUAUGGACACUGUUGACAGUAUCGCUGUGGACAUCAGGUUCCAGUCAGAUCCUGCAACAAGAAACUGCCCGCGUUCUUUAUCCUAAGAUCCUCAGUACAGAGGUUAUUGAGUGUGACUGCGUUAACAUCUCCUGUGACACUGUCUACUGGUUCCGCAGUAUUUCCAACCACAGCAAAGUACAGUUCCUAGGCAAAUGCAACAACGCUGACCGUGCUACCUAUGGGGAGGGUGUGGAAACAGCACGGUUCAAAUUAAGCAGGAGGAGCAGUAUGUCCUUUAUGCUACGCAUCAUCAAUGUGUCAGAAGCGGAUGCAGGGAUUUAUUCAUGUAUUCUUAAGGACAGGAAAAACACAGAAAUGUGGAAGCCUGGGAUUUUUCUUCGACCGGGAGUGAUCCCUCCGACAUUACCUCCCAAGACAAAACCCAAACCACCAGUCAAGUCAGUCUGUCGCUGCUCUAAGAAGAAUUCUUCACAGGAUGGCUGCGGCUCACUGAUUCUGUGGCCGUUGGUUGGACUUAUUGCGGCCCUGGCUCUAGCUCUCAUCUGCACACUGUACUACUUCAGCCGACUUCCCAAAAAAUGUCGGCACCACUUUGUGAAGAAGAGGCAGAUGACCUAAAGCACUGCAUCUACAGCUUAUGUCUGACUCAAGUGGCUGUAGUGCUUCACUUGAGCCGACGUCCAGCGGAGCAUGAAGGACAUGACUCACCCUGAAGAUCUGCUCUGCUAACAUGUCAUGUUUACAGUGAAAUGUGCGAUCAGUCAGAGAAGAGUUUUAUGUUUUCAACAGCAGCAAACAUGUUACAUAUUGUGAUAUCUUGACUGUUUUUUGUUACAUAUAUUACAAGACAACUCCAGAGCUCAACCAACUUCAAUUCUAUGCUCUGUGCCGUAAUUUUUCAUCUAUAAUAUUUUUGGUUCUGUGAAUAAUCAAUAUGCAGAUGACUUCAUAAUUUAUUCAGGUGCUUUUCCUUUGAUCUUUGGUUUAUAGAUUAUUAUUAAAUCAGGACAACACAGGGCAGCACUGUAGCAGCAAAGACCAAACCUCAUCCGAUUAUUUACAUACAAACAGCAGUUAGACCACAAAACAGCUGAAUUGAAAUAUAGUAUUUGCUCAUUUGCUUUUUGCUCUCUUCUGUAUUUAUUUGUGUUUUUGCCUUUCACGGUAAGCAUUUUUUAAACACAUCUAUCUUGAAGAAAACAGCAUUGUCAAGUAGAUUUUUGUUAAAUCAAUAAAAUUGUAUAUUUCCAAUCA